CUCCAGUCAGCCAAAGGCGAUUCAAGAGCUUCAACAAGCGAAAGUCAAAUCAGAAAUUCAGUGGAAGCCAUGGAAGUUCACGCAGGUCUAACAGUGAUGUUAUGCUUGAUUGCAUCUUGUUAUGGUGGUUUCUUUCAGUUGGAACAUCCUCAGCUAGCUUUUUGUAAAGCAGAUUUCGUGAUACGUGCCCACAUCGAGUCAGGACCUAUAACUGAGGGUAACUAUUUUGUUUUCAAGAUAACCAUUAAAGAAGUUUUCAAAGGGCUAUCGCUUGGACGUCAAGGUAAGGCCUUCGGCUUGCUGGACGCAGAGUUCAAGACGAAACUUUACAGCCCCGACGGCAACGCUUCCGAUAAAGUGACCGGAGUAUUUGGGAUCCGUGCGGGUAUCGAGUACCUCUUGUUCGGUGACAUUCUGCACGGCGGGAGGCUGUUCACGAAAUUCUCCUUUCUGCGAGAGGAGUGGAACAAAACGACUCCACGAAAAAGGGCAAAUCUUCGGGGGUACUAUGAGGCCGGAUGUCGUCAAUGUCAGUUCAGACAGUGCGGUGAAUCAGACUUAGAAUGUCGCAAAAAGUUACCCGGAUGCGAGAAGAGAGCAACCCAGACUCCGUACUUGUAUCAAUGGACGCCGCAAUCGAGGUGCUGGAAGCGAUUCGAGCACUGCGAGGUUGAUGCAACUGGUCAGCAGUGUUACUGGAAGGAAACAAGGGAAUCGAAACGAUGCAAGGAAAGCCACUUGCAACAACUUCCUUUAAGAGACGAUUCAUAUGCUUUAUAAACAGCUGAAAGACUAAACUACUGUACCUUCGAAUAAAACUAAACAACCACUUUUGCAAUGACUUUGUCAGUCAAAUUGAAGGUUUGAUUCUUUCACUAACAAAAAUUUAAUUUUUUAUGUAAUAACAAGACUCCAUUACCUAGGCUCCUGGUAAUUGGCUCCUGGUAAUAAUAAUGUUCCUUAUACCAGACAGAGAUAUGAAUAAACAGAGGCUUUGCACAUGA